AUGAGUCUCGGCUUGUAUCUGUUAUGGGUCUUGAAGACAUUGCCAGCCACGCAAGGCUCUCCACUCCCACGCUUACCACCUGGCUCGCCAAUUCCUCUUGGCAAUAGCACCGCGCUGAACAAUGACAUCGCGCCGGCCUGGAUGCCAUCAGCGCAAGUCCGAGGAACUUCUGAUAUUCUGUAUUCCUGCCUCCUCACCAUUUCGCUCUCUGUGUACUCUGCUGUACAUAUCAAUGUGCCUCCGCGUGGCGAAGGCAGGGAAUGGCAAUACAUCCAAAAGGCAAAAUGGACGGUCCUUGGGAUUUUUGCGCCAGAGAUUGUGGUUUAUACGGCAAUCUAUCAGUUCCAUAGGGCACUGGAGUUACAGAAAAGCCUCACUAACAUCGUUAAGAGCAGGCAUGACGAAGCCGCAACUAAGCAGCUGACUGAUCCUGUCACUACGGAGGGAUUGGCCAAAUUAGAGGAGAAUGCCAUAGCAGAAGGCGAGAACGAAACCAAACAGGGAAGCGCGAAAGCAGCGACAUCGAAAAGCCCACUAUCUGCAGAAUUUGCGACAAGUCGAGCUCCCACGUUCAGCUUAGUUUACUGCUUCUUCGUGGGCAUGGGUGGCUUUGUCGUGGACGUGGACGAUCGAGAUUUUGGUUACAAGCAUCAGUACGUGACGCUGACUGCUCAAGACCUCGAGGAAUUGGCGCGAGGUGGCAAAUUCAUCGAGAUUGAAGAGUCAGAGAUCACAGAUAAGAGCAAAGCAGACAUUUUGGCAAAGAUCCUGGUCUGCUUCCAGGUUAUGUGGUUGCUGGUCGAUUGUCUUGCGGCUUGUCUCGGGAGAGCCAUAUUCGACAGCCAUAUUCAGAUGAAAAUUAUUCGGCCCUUGGCACUCCGUGAUAAAUGCCCCACCAAAAUUAGGUGGCGGGUUGAUCGCGAAGUCCCCACAGUAUAUGCAAGAGUCAAGGACAUAUUUUUGACCUUAUUGACGGUCAUCCUAUUUCCUAUUUGGGAUUCUUGA